CUUAACUCCAUGCACACCUGGACUCACAUUCACCCAAACCACAGAAAUUCCUUGCCUUCUUCUUUUACCCAAUAUGGCAUCUCUGGACAAUACAACGCGUUUCACCGUUAAGGCAGAUCCCGGAACUGAUAUCUGGAGAAAGCCUGGACACAACGCAUGGGAUAUCCCAAACACUCAUACCAGCACUGGCCCUCUGAAGAACUUCCUUUCAGUCCGCGUCACUUUCUCGGCUCCCUGGGCCCACUCAUACGACCAGUCUGGCGUGCUACUUGUGCCGCGGCUAGCCUCAGAGGCAGCGCCUCCAAAUAGUAAAUGGAUCAAGACCGGGAUCGAGCUAUACGAUGGCCAGCCUCACUUGAGCACAGUCACAUGCGACCGGUAUGCCGACUGGGGCCUCUAUCCCUUAACCCCAGGCGAUGACAAGGACGAUAAGAGCGUGACGAUCGAGGUCUUUCGGGAUGGAGGCCCCCAAGGCAAAAAUGCUUGGGUACACCACCUGCUGCUGGAUAAAGACGGAAACAUCGAAAAGAGGAUCCCGCUUAGGAAAAUUUGUUGGAUCUUUGCCGACGAGCACGAGGGUGACUGGGUCUUGGAUGUCAGUCCGCUGGCCGCGAGACCGGAUAAGGACGCCAAGGAUGGGCUGAAAGUCGAGUUUGCCCAGUUCAAGGUGCAGUGGAGUCAGUAGAGUAGACAAAUGCCUGAUGGGCCAUGGCAAGGAGCCGAUUUGUUCCCUUGCGAAUGACAAUCAUCAUUACAAGGUUGCUUGGUAUGUUGGAGACCGGACUGUACUCCAUGUAUGAUGCCACCAUCCCCAUGGAAAUGCGAAUCCUCCAGACGUGCUGUGAUAAGGACAUG